AUGAACAAGCUGUACAUCGGGAACCUGAGCGAGGCCGCGGCGGCCGCCGACCUGGAGCGCGUGUUCCGGGAGGCGCAGGUCCCGGCCGCCGGCCCCUUCCUGCUCAAGGGCGGCUACGCCUUCGUGGACUGCGCCGACGACGGCGGGGCGCUCCGGGCCAUCGAGGCGCUCUCAGGUAAAGUGGAGCUGCACGGCAAGCUGCUGGAGGUGGAGCACUCGGUCCCCAAGAGGCAAAGGAUUCGGAAACUUCAGAUACGAAAUAUCCCGCCUCACUUACAGUGGGAGGUGCUGGAUAGUUUACUAGGCCAGUAUGGAGUGGUGGAGAGCUGUGAGCAAGUGAACACUGACUCGGAAACUGCAGUCGUAAACGUAACCUAUUCCAGUAAGGACCAAGCCAGACAAGCGUUAGACAAGCUGAAUGGCUUCCAGCUGGAGAACUUCACGCUGAAAGUGGCCUACAUCCCGGACGAGAUGGCCUCCCAGCAGAACGCUUCCCAGCAGCCCCGAGGCCGCCGCGGGUUCGGGCAGAGGGGCUCGUCGAGACAGGGCUCUCCGGGAUCGGGGUCCAAGCAGAAGCCCUGCGACCUGCCUCUGCGCCUGCUGGUGCCCACCCAGUUCGUUGGAGCCAUCAUAGGCAAAGAAGGUGCCACCAUUCGGAACAUCACCAAACAGACCCAGUCUAAGAUCGAUGUCCAUCGUAAAGAGAACGCAGGCGCUGCGGAGAAGUCCAUUACUAUCCUCUCCACCCCAGAAGGCACCUCUGCGGCUUGUAAGUCUAUUCUGGAGAUUAUGCAUAAGGAGGCCCAAGACAUAAAAUUCACAGAAGAGCUUCCCUUGAAGAUUUUAGCCCAUAAUAACUUUGUAGGCCGUCUUAUUGGUAAGGAAGGAAGAAAUCUUAAAAAAAUUGAGCAAGACACAGACACUAAAAUCACGAUAUCUCCAUUGCAGGAACUGACGCUGUACAAUCCGGAGCGCACCAUCACAGUGAAAGGCAGCGUGGAAACCUGUGCCAAAGCCGAGGAGGAGAUAAUGAAGAAAAUCAGGGAGUCUUACGAAAACGAUAUUGCUUCUAUGAAUCUUCAAGCACAUUUAAUUCCCGGACUAAACCUGAAUGCCUUGGGUCUGUUCCCGCCCACUUCAGGGAUGCCACCUCCCACCUCAGGGCCCCCUGCAGCCAUGACUCCCCCUUACCCACAGUUUGAGCAAUCGGAAACGGAGACCGUCCAUCUGUUUAUCCCAGCCUUAUCUGUCGGUGCCAUUAUUGGCAAGCAGGGGCAGCACAUCAAACAGCUUUCUCGCUUUGCAGGAGCUUCCAUUAAGAUCGCUCCUGCCGAAGCACCAGAUGCGAAAGUGAGGAUGGUGAUUAUCACCGGGCCACCGGAGGCCCAGUUCAAGGCUCAGGGAAGAAUUUAUGGGAAAAUUAAAGAAGAAAACUUUGUUAGUCCUAAAGAAGAGGUGAAACUUGAAGCUCAUAUCAGAGUGCCAUCCUUUGCUGCUGGCAGAGUUAUUGGAAAAGGAGGCAAAACGGUGAACGAGCUCCAGAAUUUAUCUAGCGCUGAAGUUGUUGUCCCUCGUGACCAGACGCCUGAUGAGAAUGAUCAAGUGGUGGUCAAAAUAACUGGGCACUUCUAUGCUUGCCAGGUUGCCCAGAGGAAAAUUCAGGAAAUUCUGUCUCAGGUAAAGCAGCACCAACAGCAGAGAGCUCUGCAAAGUGGACCACCGCAGUCAAGACGGAAGUAA